UGUACCGGAAGACAUGCUCAUUCGACGGGCAGCCGGGAGAGCAGCUGCUGGGAGACAAGCGUAAGCGGCGUUUUAUGAUUAUUCCCUGUCAGUUUGGUAAGCCUUCGCGACCCGUGUUGUCAUAUAUUUAUAUCUAUUAGCCACAUUCACACGGUCGGUGCCAGGGUGCGUUCAGCCGAGCCGUCCUAACGCCAACGCCACCACACUCAUCCUCCGGCGGACAGGUGUUCCGUGAGGCCGCUGAACCAUGGCCAGUCCAAAUGACCUCCAGUUCCAAGAGUUUGAGGAAGCGGCAGAGCUGUUGUCUGCAGACCCGCAGGCCUCCACACUCAGCAUGUCUUCCCCAGACAACACCGCCAGGGAAGGAGGAGUAGGAGGAGGCGAAGAUGUGAAACUGGACCUAUCGGAGGACGAGGAGGGUCAGGAGGAGAGUUCAGAGCUGUUGGGAGGACAGAAACCAGCUGGUGGCUUCUGGACGUUUGAGUACUAUGAGUCUUUCUUCAAUGUGGACACUUUGCAAGUACUGGACAGAGUCAAGGGAUCAGUGUUGCCGUUACCUGGAAGAAACUUCAUCAAGCACCACCUGAGGUCGAACCCAGAUCUCUAUGGUCCAUUCUGGAUCUGUGUCACUCUGGUGUUCUCAGUGGCAAUAAGUGGGAACCUGUCGACCUUCCUCAGUGAGAUGGGAAACCCUGCUUACCACUACAGACCACAGUUCCACCGAGUAACGAUAGCUGCAGUUGUGAUCUUCAUGUACGCCUGGCUGGUGCCGAUUGGUUUAUGGGGUUUCCUGACCUGGCGGCAAGGGACUGAGAGGCAGAUCGGAGGCUAUUCCUUCCUGGAGACAGUGUGUGUCUAUGGCUACUCCCUCUUCAUUUAUAUUCCCACCUCAGUUUUGUGGAUCAUCCCAUUCGAGUGGUUGCGCUGGACUCUGAUCCUGGUUGCCAUGGUGAUCUCUGGCUCAGUCCUGGUCCUCACCUUCUGGCCCGUUGUCCGCGAAGACACCAAGGUGAUGGCUGUGGCCACAGUUGUGACCAUCGUGGUUUUGCACACGCUGCUGGCAAUCGGCUGUAAGAUGUACUUCUUCCAGACGGCCGUCCAUGUACCAUCACCACCAGCCCCUCCAACGCCCACCGUUCACUUAACACUGGCCACCAAACCCCAUUGACCAAGGGCGGGAAGAAAUGUUGGCAGGGAUGUGAAGGGAAAUGAAGGCUAUUAUGUCUGGAACCACAGGCAGAUAUAAAACCAAGUAUAGAUAAUAAUCAUGGUUAUUGUCAUUGUGUGAUUUGUUGAAUGCUCCCCCACUGAGCGUGUGUGUGUGUGUGUGUGUGUGUGUGUGUUUGUCUGUCUAAUUUAUCCUGAGGGUGGUUCUGUUGUAUCUGAAGUAGUUCUGCAAUAACUGUACAUUUUUACUGUGAUGUUUUUGAAUGUACUACAUGUCGUUGGUCUGGAACGACUUCCUCAACACUGUGAUCUCCCUCAUUUCAUCAGCAAGACUGAAACGCACGUUAAAAAAAGAAGAGAAAAAGUGUCAUUUUGCUCAAGCAAACACAUUCAUGGACCCAUGUUGCUGCCAAUCGUCCCUUUUUAUGUCUCACCACAGGGACAAGAGAGUUCUUAAGCUUAGGGAAAUAAACUGAUUAACUGGUUAGUCUGAUGAAUUCAUGCUGAUCCAGGAAAGCGAUGACACUUCACCCUUGUUGCACAACCGUGCACCAAAAGCUGUUGAGCUAAAGUCCUCGUGACUAUGAAGGAUGUUUGUAGUGACUAAAGCUGUGGACAAGAAAAUCACAGCUGCUGCAGUAUGUCAUUGUUUUUAUUUGACUCAUCAUUUUUUAAAUAUCUAUAAUACAAGUAGGGAAAACAAUGGCUCCUGAAUUCUCAUUUACUGAGGUCAAGUCAAAUUUGAGUUUGUAUGAUACUUUAUGUUUAUGGCCAAAUGCAGCCAAUCACAUUAGUCUCUGUAGCCUCAUCUCGGCAUGUGGAUGUGUUUAAUUAAAAUGUUGAACGUGGUAAACCUUAUACCUGCUGAAUAUAAUCGAAGUUAAUAUUGUUACUUUGUUUAGUUUUUUUCCGGUCAGUGUGAAUUUGCAGCUGGUUGAGCCCUCACAGGUCUGUUAGCACGGAUGAAGACUUGACAGUCAUGUUCCAUGAUACAUUAUGAAAAUAUUCUGUCGUGAAGCAGGGCUCUCUUCCAGAAGCAACAGCUAAUACGUAAAAUAUUUCAACAUGCACACAACUAGUGUUCAUAUUUCAAAUCCUGUAAAAUGUGUAAAUAUUUCCCCAUGAAGCAGCCUGCUUCAGUCACAGCUGUAGGAAAGGAAGCGAUUCCAGACUGUAGUGCAGUGUAGUGAAUGUGCAUCAGUGAACACUGGAAAGAAACACUAAGAGCUGAGCAUCUCAAAACGUCAUUUACAAGAUGACUUCAGUUGUGUUAUUUGCAUAGAUGAUUUAUUGUAAAUAAAAAUAAAUAAAUGCAAAGGA